CUGUGCAAGCAACGGUUGCUGUGUUUUGCUGGAAACUGAAACAACUUGACUUUGUUUUAAUUUGGCGGUGUUUGCAAAAAGCAAAAUGAGCAAAAAAGAAUGGGUAGAAACACAGAUUAAGGGCAACAAAGUUGUUGUCUUCUCCAAGACAUACUGUCCACACUGUAAAUCUGUAAAGAAAAUAUUCUCAGAUGUUGGUUUGAAGGAUUUUUUGGUUAUUGAGCUCGACACGAGAGAUGAUGGUGGCGAAAUUCAAGAUAUAUUGCUUGGUAUUACUGGAGCAAAAACUGUUCCUAGAGUGUUUAUUGGUGGGGAAUCUAUUGGUGGCAGUUCAGAUACCACAGCUCUCCAAAGUAAAGGGCAACUUGUGCCUAAACUGAAGUCUGCUGGAGCUCUUUAAACUAUAACUAGUUUGACAAAAGUAGUUUAGCUAGAAAAAAUAUCAAGACAAACACAUGAAAACAGCAGUUAGGAAGGCAAUAUUCAUUCAUUGCAUUUAGCAUCAUCUAGUGAUUAUAAACAUUCAAAUUCUACAAUAUCUAUUUCCUAGACAUCUAUGGUAUGUAAACUUUCUAAGUA